CUCCGCUCUAUUCAUUCUGCCUUCUCCUUCUGCAUGUUAUAUACAGUAUACAAUAAAAUUAAGACACAGAAAUUAGAUCAUGGAAGUAGUGCAAGUGCUUCACAUGAACAAAGGGAAUGGCGAUACUAGUUAUGCAAAGAACUCCACUGUUCAGAGGAAAAUCAUAUCUUUCGGGAAAACCAUCAUUGAAGAAGCAUUACUAGAACUCUCAAGCAACUAUGAUAUAGAUAGCAUGGGAAUCUCAGACUUGGGUUGCUCCAUGGGACCCAACACCUUGUCGGUUAUCUCGGAGAUAAUGGACAUAGUACGAGCGACGAGCGGUCACCUCAGGCGCCCGGUGCCGGAGUUUAGGCUUUUCUUUAACGACCUUUAUAGCAACGAUUUCAAUUACUUAUUCAUGUUGUUACCGGCAUUCUACAAGAUGCUGAAAGAAGAGAAGGGUAUUGGAUCCCAGUGCUUCAUAUCGGGUGUCCCAGGUUCUUUCUAUGGCAGAUUGCUCCCUAGCAACAGCCUCCACUUCGUCUACUCUUUUUCCAGUCUCCAUUGGCUCUCCCAGGUUCCGGUGGGGCUGGAGAGCUAUGCCGUGAAGCAUUUAAAUAAAGGAAAAGUGUAUAUCUCAAAGAGCAGCCCGCAAAGCGUGGUGAAUGCUUAUUCAUCGCAGUUCCAGGCUGAUUUUUCACAGUUCAUAAAGUCACGUUCCCAGGAGUUGGUCCCAGGUGGCCGCAUGGUCCUUUCUUUCCUGGGCAGGAAAUCCAUUGAUCCCACAACCGAAGAUGGGUGCUAUCAGUGGGAAUUGUUAGCCGAAGCAUUGAUGAGCCUGGUCAAAGAGGGUUUAAUUGAAGAGGAAAAAGUAGCGUCAUUCAAUGCACCGUACUAUGCUCCGUGUGCGGAGGAACUAAAGGUGGAGAUACUAAAGGAAGGGUCAUUCAUAAUUAAUCGGUUGGAAGCAUUUGAAGUGGACUGGGAUGGAGGCGCGGUUGCUGACACCCAUACUGAACAAGGGAAAAUGAUGGUGGGAGAGCGAGUGGCUAAAACCAUCAGAGCGGUGGUGGAAUCGAUGUUGGAAUCCCACUUCCGAAUGGGACAAGAUACGAUGGAUGUUUUAUUCAUCAAGUUCGCGGAGAUUGUUGGGAAUCACUUGUCAAAGACUAGAACCAAGUAUAUAAAUUUCGUGAUUUCACUGGUUAGAAAGUGCUAGUCAUAUCAACUUGGAAGCUCAGCCUAUGGAUGUUUUUCUUUUUUGAAGUAAAAUCAUUGGAUAUGAUUGGUCCAAACCUUCUCAAAACCUGGCUUCCCAUUGGGCGAAAUCUUUGCCAGUUACGUCUACAUUAUUUUUAUUAUAAAAAAAUUGAGUGAUAUUAAUUUUAAGUUUAUUUAAUUUUUCUAA